AUGGCACCGGGAGACAUCUUGAAGCUGAACGUCGGUGGAACGGUGUUCCAAACAACGGUGGCCACGCUGACAAAGUUUGAUGGCUUUUUUAAGGCCAUGUUGGAAAUUGAUAUUCCGCUCAAGAAAGACGAAAACGGAUGCGUCUUUGUCGAUCGCUCUCCUCGUCACUUCGACUACGUCCUCAACUACAUGAGAGACGGAAACGUCGUUCUUCCGGUCUGCCGACGAGAAAGGCAACAACUUCUCCAGGAGGCCAGAUACUACCUCCUGGACGGGCUGAUCGAGUUGUGCACGGACAGAGUACGGAUGGUCAACGAGUACGAUAACAUUCGGGAGCUUCAUGGGGACUCUCCAAAGAAAGCGGUCAUCGUUGGAUAUCACCCAGGUCUUUGGGGAGACCUCAACGAAUGCGUGUUUGCAAGAAAGCUUGUGAAAGCUUUCCACGAGCACUACACCUUCUACUUCAAGCCCAUAACCGAAAACUUCAGUUACUGUGACAUUGAUGUGUAUGGCGUCGCGGCAAGACUUGAAAGUCGCCUUCCAACCAACGCGGGGGAAAUAUUUUUCAACAAAUUCAAUUUUUUCCAAAUGGCCCACCAGUCUGUAAACAGACACUUGUCAAUUGGCCAAAUGCCCGAUGUCGUUGAUGGAGAAAAGAAACCAGAUCAAAGAAUAUAUCUUUGUAUCUAG